UCAUCUUUCAUGAUUGCAGCGUCUGGUCUACUCAAAAAUCGACGCGAGUGUCAGCAGGAGUGCACACCGGCUUGACGAAAAAUUGGGAUCUGCAAUCGUGCCAAGGCGCGCUCGGCUGGGCGAUGCCAGCCCAGUGCCUAUACAUCCAUCAUGCCUCUCAACAGCGCUGCACCGCCGGUGAGCAGGAAUGAGAUUGAGCUAUCCCAAAGAACACUCGGACCUCCUCCAUCGCUCGUGGACGCCUGCAAAUGCGAUGCACCAGAGAAAAAUGGCGCGCUGCUAUCUCGCCAGGCGGACACUAACCUUUCUGCCACAAAUCGAUCCCCCAAUGGUGACUCAGCCGUGACCGAAGACGGUGAAAAGGAGGACGAAUCUAUAGAUUUGAGGGGGUUCGUUCUCCUCCUCAUCCAACGUGCUAGCAGCUCCUGGUCGUACCGGUCUGCAGAGUUUGCAUUCCCACUGUAUCUCGUACACCUGUUCACCGACUCACUAUUACCCUCUUCCAUCUAUGGUUUCGUCACCACCGCCGCGGGAAUUCUCUUUUCCAAUUCGACAGCUUCUUUGGUCGACACGUACAGUCACCGCAAAGUGAAGACGGUGCAGGCAUUCGUGUUGGGCCAAAAGCUACUCGCCAUUGCAUCCUUUGCGCUAUUUUUCGUCAUCUUCGGGAGCGCGCGACUUACUGCAAACGCUCAAAACAAUGGUCGGGGGCCGAGCGUAAAAGCUACAGAUGGUUAUCCCAAUGCUGACGUCUGGGCCAUAUUUGCGGCCAUCACAACCCUUGGGUGCUUGCUCUUGUUGAGCAACGUCGGCGUCAGCGUCGCCGUGGAACGCGAAUGGGUGACCAUCAUCUCAGAAGGCUCUCCGCGACGGCUCUCUCGACUGAAUGCAUACAUGAGGCGCAUCGAUCUUCUAAGCAAGCUUCUUGCCCCCCUAUUCGUCUCGGCUCUGACCUCGGCCGAUUACCGUCUGUCGGCAAUCAUCUUGCUCGCUCUCUGUGGUGCGACGCUCGUCUUUGAACUCAUCUUUCUGCCAAUCGUGUUCCACCGCUUUCCUCUUCUUGCCAAGGACCAGAGAGCAGCAGAGGCGCGCAGAACGACUGCAAAGUCAGCUCAACAUCAAGAACAGGUUGAGCCCAUGAGGAGAAAAGCCUUGCGUACACGUGGUAUGCAUGGUAGCACACGAUGGGCUAGAAGAUGGCUAAUGGAUUGGUCGGAAUUUGCUGCCAUGCCUAUCUUCAUGAGCUCGGUAUCCAUCAGUCUGCUUUACAUGACGGUCCUUUCGUUUGAUUCAACUUUUAUCGCCUAUCUGAAGACGCAGACUGACUACAGCGAUGCUUUUGUAGCCGGCAUGAGGGCCGUUUGUGUUGUGACAGAGCUGCUCGGCACAGUUAUUGGGCCUUUCUUGGAAGGCAAGAUCGGGCUUGUUCGAGCUGGAACGUGGUCAUUGUGGGCAGAGCUCUUGCCCCUUUCUCUACCAGUUGUAGCGCUCUUCACUGUUGGGACACAACAUCACCCUCCUCCCUGGAACACAGCGAUAUUGUUUACAGGUCUUGCUCUUUCACGUGUGGGACUCUGGAGCUUCGACUUGUGCCAGCUCGCGCAGGUGCAAACGUCGCUGAGUGCUCACCCCCGCCGCAAUGCCCUGCAAGGACUGCAAUUCAGCCUACAAAAUGCGUUUGAUCUCGGACAUUACGGCCUUACACUUGGGUGGAACCGACCAGAUCAAUUCAAGUACGCUGCAGCCGCUUCAUUCGGCGCCGUUGGGGCGGCGACCUUUGUCUAUGUCGCCUUCUAUGCACGCAGACUUCGCGGCCAUGUGCUUCACCUAGAAACGAUGGAGAGGCUCCUUCCCAGAAAAACACAAUGAAGUAUCCAUCAUUUAACAUCUGCAGAACGGAUGCGAACAUGGC